ACAUUCUCUGACAAACAACAAGUGAGAGAGCUGUGUCACUCCGAAAGAGGACCCAAUCUGUAUGCUGAAACGCUCUUCUCUCCUGCCGCAGACAAAGUCUCUUUACCAUGGGAAGGAUUGGCAAGGAAGUGACCGGUCAGGUCAUAAGCUUCAUAGGCCUCAUUGGGCUGGCAGUGACCUGUGGGAUCCCCAUGUGGAGAGUGACCUCCUACAUUGGAGCUAACAUCACGACAGCCCAAAUCGUGUGGGACGGCCUGUGGAUGAACUGUGUGAUGCAGAGCACUGGGCAGAUGCAGUGCAAGCUUCAAAACUCUGUUUUGACUUUGACCCGGGAUCUGCAAGCUGCCCAAGCCCUCGUCGUCAUCUCAAUCCUCUUCGGCUUUAUCGGCUUCAUGAUUACCUUCAUUGGAGUCAGGUGCACCAGCUGCCUUAAGAAUGAAUCAUCAAAGGCAAAUGUGGUGAUCAUAGGUGGCUGUCUCCUCAUUGUUUCUGCCAUCCUGGUCCUGAUCCCCGCCUCCUGGUCUGCAGCCGUCACCAUCACAGACUUUCAGAACCCCUUGACCAUUGAGACACAGAAGAGGGAAAUUGGAGCCGCCAUCUACAUCGGCUGGGGCUCUGCUGUGAUUCUUCUGAUCGGUGGGAUCAUCCUAACCACGUCCUGCCCGCCACAAAAACCCAUGUAUGGAUACCCAGGCUAUCCACCAGCACCUAUGUACCCUUACGCUGGCCCAGGGCCAAACCCAGCAACAUAUGCUCCUGUGUAUGCUCCCCCUUCCAGCCAACCAUACACAGGCACUGGGACAUACGUACCUAACAAACCGUAUGCAGUACCACCUACAUACACUGCUAGACAAUACCUCUAAAAAUGAAAAGGACAGAGGACAAAGAUUUUUUUUGCCAGGAUGGCUUUAGGAACUUAUAUAUUUAGACAGUAAAAUUGCACCAAAAUAAACAUUGUAUUUCUAGAGGAUGGUAUGUAUUCCAAUACAUUGUUGGGAUUUAAAAUGAAUUCACUCAAACUAUCACUGUGACCUUUUGAUUAUUAGAGAGCUUUCAUAAAAUGUUUUCUCUUUUGGAUUGAUUUUGUGCUCUAAAGUAGACAUUUAAGAAGUUUAUGAAGUCUAGAUGUAAGAGAAAUAUGUCAACAUGGCUUUGUGCACGAAAAGUUGCAUUGCUUCUCAUACUGAUGCCACUGUCUAUAUAUUUAUUAUCUUGUAAUACAGAGCAGAUUUUGUAAAUAGUGAUGAUUUGUGAUGUGUUUUUCUGUAAAUGCAACUAUUUUUCAGUAAAAUGUUUGUUUGUAUUCA